UGCUGCCUUCAUUGGAUUUUGCCUCCAUGUUUCGCAAUUUGAUGACGCAUGCGCCGUGCGGCUCUGUGGUGGCUGGUGUUUCCAGAUUUGGUGUUUUUCACCUAAAUAUUAAGGCCUGUUUAUGAUGUGUUUUGCCUGGAAGGCUCCACAGAAAUCUGGCACUCUCAUGGAAAUUCAACUUUGAGAGAACGUUGUUCACAAAUGAGCGCGCUCACAUAAACGCUCCUCGUGCAGAAAUACAGAACGUUCAGUUCACGUUCACCCAAAAUAUUAGCGAGUCAAGAACGAUCGUUCAAUGAACUCGUUGAAACAACACUGAAAUUAAAUGCGUUUACAUUACUACCCCAAGCAGUGAAAAGAUGUUACAGAUAUUCACCCCUGUAUACACACACAGCAAGGCUCAGAUUGUCAUAGCAACACGGAUUGUGGGUCAAACAUGCUGAUUGCCAGUUUUGGGUUAUUUGAAAUAAAAAAAAAGUGGGUGAGAAGUGUCAUCAGAGCUUGUUGUAGAGUUAUUACCAGCGUGUCUCUUCCAGCUUACAGGGUGGUUUGAGGGUUUAACGACUCACCGCUUAGGGGUUGAAUGCAGAAGAGCUUAAUCUGCAAUAAAUCAGGAUGUCUUAGAAAAAUGCCAAAAUACCUUCAGUGGACGCAUUUUAAGCAACGCAAUACGUGGCUGAUGCGCGCAUUCUUGUCUUUGCAGAAGGAGAGACCUCACUCCUGUAAAAAAGAGAUUUCCAGACCUUUUCCCUUAUAAACGCCUGCAGCCAUUAUAACAUAGUGGUUGAUCAGAAAGAUAAUGUGCGCUCUAUUUAUAAUUUGUGAGCGUAACGGUGCGUCUGCGUGCGUCUCCGCGUCCUCAGCCAAUACACAUCCAUCUGGUCGCGCCGCGUCAGCUGCCACGGAAGGUUUGUGUGGACGUCACGGAUUUUUUUCCUCCUUCCUCACCUUCCCUCUCUAGUUUUUUCUUUUUUUCCUCCUCUUCUUCUUCCUGCAGAGCAUUUCUCUCCUUCUGCUCUCCCUGCUUCUACACCGCCCACUCCUUCCCAACCAUUGAUCCGACCAGGAGGCACUAGCCGCCGCCUCGCCGGCUUCUUCGCCUCAUUACAUCUCCCCGCUGCGCUUUCUUUCUUAUUCUUUUCUUCUUUUUUUUUCUUUUUUUUUUUUUUUUUUUUUCUUACUAGGUAGAACAACCGGUACUUUGAACCAAAUAAACCCCUCACCACCAUGGCGAGCACCGAGGAUAAAGCGGCCAACAAGGAGCCCGUGUCCAGCUGGAAGGACUCCAUCUACAACACGAGGACCGGGGAGCUGCUUGGUCGCACGGCCAGCAGCUGGGCCCUCAUCCUGCUCUUCUACUUGGUUUUCUACUGCUUCUUGGCUGGCAUGUUUGCCCUGACCAUGUGGGUGAUGCUGCUCACUCUGGAUGACUAUGUGCCGAGGUACAGAGACCGCGUUCCCAGUCCAGGAUUGGUGAUUCGCCCCAACUCACUGGACAUCUUAUUCAACAAAUCUGAACCUCAGAAGUACGACCAGUAUGUCCGGGACCUGGAGUCCUUCCUCCGAAGGUAUAAUGAUUCGCAGCAGGAGAUGAAUGAGGACUGCACUCCAGGAGACUAUCGCUUGCAGGACAAUAGCGAGGACAUGAACAAGAAGGCUUGUCGCUUCAAGAGGGCAUCCCUGAGCCUCUGCUCUGGCCUCUCCGACCCUAACUUUGGAUACCAUGAAGGAAAACCCUGCAUUGUUCUGAAAAUGAACAGGAUCAUUGGGCUGAAGCCGCAUGGAGAUCCUUAUAUCAACUGCACAGUAAAAAAAGACAGCCCAGUCCAAAUGCACUAUUUCCCCAGUGAGGGUCGCAUCGAUAAGAUGUAUUUCCCCUAUUACGGCAGGAAAGCCCACGAGAAUUACGUGCAGCCUCUGGUGGCGGUGAAGCUGCUACUCACCAAGGAGGACUACAACAAGGAGCUGACCGUGGAGUGCCGCGUAGAGGGCUCCAACCUCCGCAACAACGACGAAAGGGACAAGUUCCUGGGUCGCGUCACCUUCAGGAUCAAAGUUACGGAGUAAAAAAAAAAAGCCUGUAAAAGGAAAACCAGAUAAGGCUGCCCACAUUUGUUAAGGAUUUACUGUAUGUUUGUGAUUUUUUUCUUUUAUAAAGGAAGGAGGUAUUAAAUACGUCAUAAAGGAGGCAUGUUUUUAGGAUGCAGAACAGUUGGGUGUCUCAUCUGUGGCUUUGAUGACAUUUCUGACCCUUCUUUCCAUCAUGAUUCUCACCGACCUCCUCAAAGAUACCCAGAACAAAACUCAGGUUCUGGUCCCACCCCACCCAUCCUUUACAUUCACCUGUUGCACUGUUCAUUCUUUACUCAGUAUACCUUUUUGUUGUUUGUUUAGUAUUGAUGUGAUUUGAUAACUUAUAGCCAUUGCAACCAAGCUGUUUGGAGCUGUUAUGUAAUUGCUGAUUCUUGUUUCUUUUUGGUUUAUAUUCUUCCUGCCAUUAGGAUGAGCGUGUUGUUUUCAUCUUUUAAAUGAAGGACAGUAUUAUUACUGGUGCUGCAAGGAUUUGUAUCUUGCUGUAUAGUAGAACUGAGAAAAUAGAACAUCUCCAGAGUAUUCACGUUUCUCAUCGCACAUCACAAAGACUUCGUAGGAUCGUACCCUGAUAAUCGAGUAUAGCCACUGUAUCCCUGUGUAUGAAAUGCCAAUUACAAAGUCCCUUUCAACUAUUAAUACAUUGUGAUUCUUACCAUAUAUUAGGGAAAUUAUAGAUAGAUCUUUGUGUUGUGGUCUGCAGGGCCGCGACCCAGUCUUGUGCUGUCUGUCUGUCCGUCUGCAUGUCCGUCCGUCUGUCUGUCCGCCCGUCUUCCUGUUUACUCACCUCUCCGCUGCAAUAGCCAACAACUGGGUGAGCCCUCCAGGAGGCGAUGAGUUGCCUCGCCAUACUACACCUCUCAGGUGGGAGGCGGGGGUGUUUUAAUGCUUUUUAAUGGUGACCGAAGUGACACACACACGCAGAGUAAAGCAAGGUACCGAAUAAAAAAAAGAUUUUAAGGCAGAGAGGUGCUGGAGAAGCGUUACAAAAAUAAAAAAAAAAUCUAAAAAAAACAAAAACAACUAAACAAAAUAAAAUGUAAAAAAUGUCCACUGUAACUAUGUAUUAUGUAAUCUGUAUAUCUAUCCGGGUCUCAAAGAUUGUCUGUUAGUUUACUCUCUUCUUCAGCCUGUUUAUCUGAUUGUCUGCCAAUCUAUUACUCUUCAAUGUAUAUAUACAUAUAUAUAUAUAUACACUAUCUACCAUAUUUACUUAAUUCACACUGUAUUUUUUGUCACAAAAACACAAUGUCUGUGCACUGUAAAGAAAUAAUAAUUUAAGCAAAGAUUUACAGGAAAUGAUCUUAUUCAAAGCUAUGUUUACACAGUCUUUAAAGGAACCCACGUCUGAAAGAUCAUGUGACAUCUCUUCAGGGUGCCUUAAGACCUGAUGAAAUAAAUUGUGGAAUAAAAGUGAUUUAGAAAAAUUAAA